UGAAGCCAAGCCUAAGCCUGCCACUCUCUCUCUGUAAGCAGGUGGCUAGUAGAGAGAGAGAGAGAGGAAGUCGCCGUGUGGUCCCCACCUCCAGCCUGUCGCAAAAUUAACUCGUCUCUCGCUCACCUUUUUCUAAGCCUUUAAUCCCACACAAGUCUCUCCCAACCCUCUCUUCUUCUUCUUCUUGUGUGUCUCCGCAUUCUUCCUCUCUUCAUUUGCUUCCACCGUCUCAAAACCCCACUUCGCCAGAAAAAGCAAAGUAAAAACGCAGCCCAAAGCUGAACUGAGCACCAUGGAUUCUCAGAUCUAUGGUCGCUCCAUCUUCUUCCUCAUCGUCUUCGCCAUUGCUUCUCUCUCCACUUCCACGCUCGCCGCAUUGCCCAACAACCCACAACCCAAAUCUCACUCUCCAACAACAUCAUCAUCAUCUACGAAAGCGGCGGCAGCCACAACGACAGCGCAGAUCAACUCCAAUUCCGUCCUCGUCGCCCUCCUCGACUCGCAUUACACUGAGCUCGCUGAGCUCGUCGAGAAGGCCCUCCUACUCCAGACCCUCGAGGAGGCCGUGGGCAAGCACAACAUCACCAUCUUCGCCCCGAAAAAUGAGGCUCUCGAGCGCCAGCUGGACCCCGAAUUCAAGCGCUUCCUGCUCGAACCCGGCAACCUCAAGUCCCUCCAAACCCUCCUCAUGUUCCACAUUAUCCCCAACCGCAUCGGCUCCACCCAGUGGCCUCAUCCCGGGUCGGGUCGCCACCACCAGACCCUCUGCAGCAGCCACGAGCACCUCCACCUGGCCACCCACAAAAACAACAGCCGCAAAUCGGUCAAUUCGGCCCAGAUCAUCCGACCCGACGACGUUACCCGACCCGACGGCGUCAUCCACGGUAUUGAGCGCCUCCUGAUCCCGCGUUCCGUCGAGGACGACUUCAACCGGAGGCGGAAUCUCCGUACCAUAUCCGCCAUUCUACCCGAGGGAGCACCCGAGGUCGACCCGAGAACCCACCGCCUGAAAAAACCAGCACCGGUUCCAGCCGGGGCUCCGCCAGUUCUACCCGUUUCGCUGCACUACGGCGGGUACAACGAGAUGGCCGAUAUUCUGGUCAAUUUGACUUCUCUAGCGACCGAGAUGGGCCGAUUAGUUUCAGAGGGCUACGUGUUGACGGUGCUUGCUCCGAACGAUGAGGCCAUGGCCAAGCUGACGACCGACCAGUUGAGCGAACCGGGGGCGCCGGAGCAGAUUGUGUACUACCACAUCAUACCGGAGUAUCAGACGGAGGAGAGCAUGUACAACUCGGUGAGAAGAUUCGGGAAGGUACGGUACGAUACGCUGAGGCUGCCGCAUAAGGUGGUGGCGCAGGAGGCCGAUGGUUCGGUGAAAUUCGGUCAGGGCGAUGUUUCGGCGUACUUGUUUGACCCCGAUAUUUAUACGGACGGGAGGAUUUCGGUGCAGGGGAUUGAUGGGGUUCUGUUUCCGUUUGAGGAGGAGGAGGUCAAGGCCGAGAAGAAAACGGCGGCUGUUGUUAAGGUUGCUGCUAAGCCCAGGAGAGGAAAGUUGAUGGAAGUAGCUUGUAGAAUGCUUGGAGCUUUUGGACAUGAUUCUCACUUCUCUACUUGUCAAUGAAGAAAAUGCUCUCUCUCUCUCUCUCUCUCUCUCCCCCAAUGAAACCCAAAAAAAAAAAAAAUGAAAUGAAAAAAAAAGAGGAAAAAAAAAAUAUUUUCACUGUAAACAGUUAUUGAUAAUGGUAAAUACAGUUCCCUUCUCUGCGUUCAUUGUAAUUUGUUUCAAACACGUUUGUUUUUGGGUAAACAGAGUUUUGUUUAAAUCAUAUAUAUGCAGUGUUAGGAUCACGAGUCUCUGCAUUUAUAUUAUAAUGAAUGAAUGAAUGUAUAAACAGAGGGAGCGUUUGGUUUGCAGGAUUUCUUUUGAUUCAACGAAAAGAGUCUUCCACCCUCUUGAUUUGUUAUCAAAACUGUAAUUAGCACGGCAUAUUCAUUUUUUUAAUAAUUAUUUUUUCUUUAA